AUGUUGCUGAAUAGUUUUUACAGUUUUUUACAACUACCGAUUUUUUCGAAUGGCGCAAAUAAGGGGAUAGAACCAAACUGUCCCAUAGAUAUUCCAUUGUCAUGCUCUAAUAAAACAGUAAUAAACAACUCAUGCUGUUUUGAAUAUCCUGGUGGGAUAUUCUUGCAAACCCAAUUCUGGAAUUACUUUCCAAGCAAAAGCGAUUUGAAUGAAACGGAGUUGGUAAACGAACUAGGUCCUCUAAAUUCGUUUACAAUUCACGGAUUGUGGCCAGAUAAUUGUCACGGUGGUUAUCAACAGUUUUGUAAUAGGACGUUACAAAUCGAUGAUGUUUACUAUCUGUUAAAUGAAAAGGAAUUUAACAAUAAUAACGACACAUUACAAAUUCCCGGCAAACAAUUAUUAGAAUACUUGGAUUUAUAUUGGAAGAGUAAUAAUGGCAACCAUGAAUCUUUAUGGAUACAUGAGUUCAAUAAACAUGGUACGUGCAUCAGCACAAUCAGACCAGAGUGUUAUACUGAGUGGGAGGCUAAUAACGUUGACAAGAAGAGAACCGUUUAUGAUUAUUUUAGAAUAACCUAUAACCUCUUCAAAAAACUGGACACGUUCGCUAUUUUGAAAAAGAAUGAUAUCGUUCCUAGCGUUGAUAAAACUUACUCCCUGGAACAAAUCGAAUCUGCGCUAAGUAAAGAGUUUGGUGGUAAACAAGUGUAUAUAGGCUGUGAUAGACACAAUGCUUUAAAUGAGAUAUGGUAUUACAACCACUUGAAGGGUUCGCUUUUAAGCGAAAUGUUUGUACCUAUGGAUUCGCUUGCCAUUCGAACAAAUUGUAAGAAUGAUGCUGUUAAGUUUUUCCCCAAAGGGUAUGUACCACCUUUUAGGAGAAGGCCUAAUAAGGGGGAAAGCUACAGAGGCGUCAUUCGUUUAUCCAAUAUCAACAAUGGCGAUCAAAUGCAAGGCUUUUUGAUCAAAAAUGGUCACUGGAUGAGCCAAGGUACACCUGCUAAUUACGAGUUAAUUAAAUCGCCAUAUGGAAAUUAUUAUUUGAGGAGCAAGCAGGGUUUUUGUGACGUCAUUUCAUCUUCAUCCAAUGAAUUGGUUUGCAAAUUUAGAAAUAUCAAAGAUGCAGGACAGUUUGAUUUUGAUUUGAUAAAAGGAAAAGAUGGAUAUAUCGGCUACUCUGGAAAGUUCGGUUGGGGCUCAGAUGAUUACCCAAGGAGGAGAAGCCAAAGUCCUGUUUCAUUGAAUGAUGAUAAGGGUUCUAUGAAAUACGAAUUCAAGAUGAAAUUCAUCAAGAAUUAG